GCUAAAAAAGAAAAAGAUGGAUAUAAAUGUAAACUUUUGCUAUUUUUUUAUAGCUUGAGUUUGGUAAUUGCAUUUAGUUUAGGAGUCAUUAGUGCUUUAAUGUCAAGUAAUGGAUGCUCAAGAAGUUAUAUAAUAGCAGCAGUCUUUAGCUUUAUUUAUGUUGCACUUAAUAGCUUAUUUAUUUUCUGGUCUGAGUCAUCUAAAAAAUGUUUUAAUUUGAUAAGUUGCUUUGGGUUAUUAUGUAUAUUACUAGCAUCAUUAGUUGCUUUAGGAUUUUCUUUUGCGCAGUCAACUUGUUAAAUUAUUGUUUGUUAUAAUGGAGAGGGAUCUUAAAUAGAUGAUUUUUAUUUAUCGUUUUAUGAUCAAAAUAAAUCUACUUUUGAAAAUGAUAAUUGUGGUAAAGCUAAUAAUAAAUAAAUCGCUUAAUAUGUAUCUUAAUAAAUUGCAGAGUAUGCUGGAGAAAAAUAAUUUGAUAGCAAAAAACUUUUUUAUAUAUUAAAGGGUUGGCCUAUAAGCUUUUUAAUUUUAUCAUCAAUAUUAGCGAUCAUCCAUAUGAUUUAUGUAGCUAUUAGUCACUGUAAUUGUAAGGAUAUUACUAAUUGUUUAGAUAGAGUUUUUGAUUGA